AUGUUUGUUGGCACACUGGGGCUCAUGCUUGCCGGCAUUUUAGCCAGUAUUGUGUGCGCAGUCAUGAAGACAGAGUACAUUGUGGCCACGACAUGGUUCAUGAUUGUGUACCUACUGCUGCUCGCACUCAGCCUGGUCUGGGCUGUCGCGGACUCCGCGCUCAACAGGUACCGACUGGCAUUGCUGACCAUGAUUGGUGUCGGCCUAUCUCUCAACAUCGGACAUAUCGGAUACUACAUCAACGCGAGCGUCGGCACCUUACAGGCAAUGUCGGCCAGCCUGAUAUUUGUCGAGAUUCCGCUUUUCUUCUGGGUGCUUCUCCUCGGCAGCGGGCCCGGAACAUACUUGGCCGAUGUGUGCGACAUAGAGAAGAAGGGCGUCAACGGUCUCCCGAUGGCCGACGUUUCAAUGUCGCAUGGAAAUUACAGGCAUACAGUCAACUCGUCGACGGGCGCUGGCAACCGCAGCACCAUCGCCGACUACUACACUUCUGAACUUAGCCAGUCAGCCAUCUCAAGCAAGCGGCCAGACUCGUCAGCUGUGGUGUACAAAGCGCGGGCGCUGUACCCCUACGACGCCAACCCUGACGACCCCAACGAGGUCUCCAUCGCCAAAGAGGAGAUUAUGCUUGUCAUUGACGAUAGCGGCAAGUGGUGGCAGGUCAAGAAGGAGGAUGGAACUGUGGGUAUUGCACCCAGCAACUACCUCGCGCGUAUCACAAAUUGA